UACGUCAUUACGCACAAUCAGCUGUUGACAGACACUGAAGCUUCCAUCAUUCUCGACCUCCGGCUCCUCGUAUGCACCGCACUCUCACUAACUGAACCUCCCCUGUCAUUGUAGCAAUUUGUAGACGCACAUGCUGUUUUUCGACCGCCCGGUAACGGAGCAUAUGCUGCCAUGAGCGCUUUGUGUCGCCUGAUCCAGAGAGGGCUGCUGCUGAGCGGCCGGCCGUCGUGUCGUUUAUUCCCAGGACAGCAGGAUGUGUGCGGGUUGGCUGCUGUGGUCCGGACCGCCAGCUCAUCCAGCUCUGUCAACUUGACCUAUGAUGUGUUCGAUGGGAAGGGAGAAAGUACACCUCUGGUGUUUCUCCACGGCCUUUUUGGCAGCAAAUCUAACUUCCACUCAAUAGCGAAGUCUUUGGUGCAGCGCACAGGCCGAAAGGUGCUGACUGUAGAUGCCCGUAACCAUGGCAACAGCCCCCAUAGCUCAGUGCUGACCUACGAAGCGAUGAGCGGUGAUUUGAAACACCUCCUCGCCCAGCUGCGCAUCGAGAAGUGCAUCCUCAUCGGCCACAGCAUGGGAGGGAAGACGGCCAUGACGACCGCCCUGACGCAGCCUGGUUUAGUGGAGAGGUUGGUGGUCGUGGACAUCAGUCCAGCUCAGACCACCACACGAACAAACUUCCGCUAUUACAUCCGGGCCAUGCAGGAGGUGAAGAUCUCCAGUGACCUCCCACGCUCCACUGCUAGACGGAUGGCUGAGGACCAGCUGCGCAGUUUGGUCAAGGAACACUCUGUGCGUCAGUUCCUGCUGACUAACCUGGUGGAGCAGAACGGCCACUACGCCUGGAGAGUCAACUUGGAGGCCAUCUCGGCGCACCUUGAUGACAUCAUGAGUUUCCCCAGCUUUGACACAGUCUACAACGGACCCACACUGUUUUUGGGUGGAGCCAGUUCGGCUUAUAUCAGCUCCGAUGACUACCCAGAAAUCCAGAGGCUAUUCCCGAAUGCUGACAUCCAGUACAUCCCAGACGCGAGCCACUGGAUCCAUGCGGAUAAACCCUUAGAUUUCAUCAGCUCCAUCAGCUCCUUCCUUCAGUCGUAGCCGCAUCCUGCUUUUAACGCCUCAGAACUCUUGUGCUCAGCACGUCUUAGUGUCCCCUCACUGAAACCGAAGGUGAGAAUUCAACAGCUUCAGCGAGAGCAAGCGGAGUCAUUAACGAUGCUAAUAUUUGCCAACACUGGACCAAACUCGCCCCUUUUACAGCAGUCAGUUCUUACCUUUUAACAAUAUCAAACUUACUGUAGUGUAGUGUAGUGUAGCGUAGCGUAGGUGAAUUUUUUUGUUUUGUUUUGUUUAGUCUGCCAGACAGGUAGUGUUGCUAGUUGGCUGGUCUAUAGAUGUGUUUUUUGAUUUAUAGAUUAGUAGAUAGACGAUAGCAAUGCAAAUAUUUCCGGUUUAACAUAAGGAAGAUGUUUUGGAGAUGAUGUACUAAUCCAAAGAAAUUCUCAUUUGCACAGCGCUUUCUUUCUGUCGACACAUUUAUACCAGUAUAAUACAAACGUGGCUUUAGGCCGAGUACAAUCUGGCACUGCUGAAGUGGACCAGCGGUAAGAUAGUUUGAUAUGAAGGUUUUGACAGCACUGCAAUGCAACAAGUACUGUAUAUCUGAGAGGUGAGGAAGGUGCAAAGCAAAAAUAGUUCCUGUGCACGAGGGUGUUCGGUGUCAUUUGUAAGGAGGUUAGAGGUCUGCAAAUAGGCUAUAAUAGAGAUUUUAUGUGUACAGAUGGUUUGUUUUAGAAACAAAUUUUAACGUUGAUAAUAGAGCUAUAUUCAAUACGCUGGUCUGGGACUUUAUUUCUCACUUCUUGUCUUUAUUUCUCUGUGUAUCUUCUGUACAUCAGAGAUGAGGAUUUACAGGUCAGUUACCGUGUCGCUACUUGAGAACGCUGGUUAUAUUUCUAUGCUGACAUAAUCAUCUAUGGAAACCAAGUAAAAAUGUUGUGGUGUCACAAUCUGUUUCCUGAAUAUCUCAGGUUACAACUGGAUAUGCUAGUUAUUAUACACUCUUCUACUAUUCUUCUGUCUGUCCGGCAAUAAGCCAUCGUAAUGUUGUUGUGUCUUUGUAUUUGGUCGGUCCAAUCAGUGUUUUGAUGAAAAAAUGGUUUACUGAUUUAUUUAUCUGCAUCUCACUUAUCUUUACAACUACAGCGCAAGGCUAUAUGGGUAUAUAUGGGUCACAAAAUAUAUGCUGCAACUAUGUAACUUAUCUAAUCGUAACAGUGUCACUAUCAUUUCUGUUUUCAUGGGGUUGAACAGUACGGUCCAGUAGUGAAAACUGCCAUCUGUUUGAAUAAGCAGGGUGUUGUAAAUUUGUAUGUGCCUCUUUUGUCGAGAGCUCCUUUUUCCAUUUCUGUAAAACUUGAUAAAAAAAAAAAACCUUCUUCUUCUACAACAAUAACUAGCAGAUUUAAGAUUGGCAGCUGGGUUGCCAGUUCUGUGUGGAUUUUCUGACAUGGAAGAUUGACAGAUGAGGGUCUAUUCCUUCGUGGCGCUUGAUGUUUACUACAAUCAGUGUUUCGUGUUUUGUCUAAAUAUCAAGUCUUAAAAGGCUCUAAAUAACCAGAAUGAGUGAAACUCUCCGUAAAGUUUCAGUUCGAGGAGAAGCACCCUAAUCCUCCUCAACCGCGGGACAGAUUUGUCUGGUUGCACACUAUGAAUAGAUUGUUUUGGGGGGGGGGGGGGGGUCGGGUAGCGCUGACAUUUGAAUGCAGGUCCUGCUUCAGCUUCUCUCGUGUUGCAGUAGGAUAAGAAUAUAUGUCAAAGAGGAACUUUGUGUCAUCGAUAUAGAAAAGUGAAUUUAUUCAAUCAUACUGAAAAUCUGUUUAAAGACUGUAAUCAUCGUUCUGGAUUGUAUAUUGUUUCAUUAUGAGCAUGCCUUUUCACUUGUCAUCAGGUGUGAGUUUGCUGUGCUAUAUACGUCUUGAGUUUGUUCAACAUGUCACACUGGUGGCACUCAUUGUAGAUAAUGGCAUAUAUAUAAAUUUUAAAUGUGUGCAAGAUGCAUAUAAGAGUGGAUUAUGCAGUAUUGGAAAUGUACAAACUGACAUUAUACAAUAAAGACAAAGUGUCUCCUUUU